AUGGCUGGUCUCGGUCGUAGUUUAUGCCUUUUGCAGGCCCGUCUGCCUUUAGUUUCGCAGAAGAAUUUCGCAUGUUGGCAUGCUGAUUGGAAGCCAAAACCCUAUCCUACAACUCCUGCUCAGCGUGCUGCUGCAGCAAAAAAGUACGGCCUCCUUCCAGAAGAUUAUGAACCUUACGAAGAUAAUGGAAAUGCCCCCGGCGAUUAUCCGAAACUAGAACACUUUAACGAACUCCAUCGCGAUCCCUAUGAUAUAUACGAUUACGGCUACACUAAGCGUAAUUACAACGAACCAAUUCCCUGGAAUUGGGAAAUGUUCCAGUCAAUGGGUCACGAUGACCACCAGCAAUGGUUGCGCUACAAUGAACCUCGUUGGCGAACAUUGCUAAAGUUCAUUGCGCCCGUAUUCAUAUUAGGUCCACUUCUCUAUAUUGGAGAUAUGUACAAAUAUUUCCACCCUAUGAUGCCAAAACAAUACCCAUUCAAUGGCCGCGAGAAUUUCACAUUUGAACCAGCGGAUAAGUAG